AUGCUUCGCCUUCAUUUUGCCAUAGCAUCCGUCGUCGCUGUGGGAGCCGCUUCCUCUGUGCUCGCUCUUCCUUUCCAUGUUCCCGGCUCUGAAGCGGAAGCGUCAAUCGGUAGUAGCUACUUUGGUAGAUUGCCCGACUCAGAUUGGGAAUUUAAUUGCGGUGGCCGCGGGCAAACUUUCAACGGAAGCGGCGUCCAGUUUAACAGCAUUAGGAGCGACUCUCACCCAGACGACGAAAAGAAAUGGAAAACAUACCACAUGGGGGAUGGAAAGCAUAUCACAUAUACCGACAAUCUUUCUAUAUCUACAAACUCACAAGGCGGAAGGCAGUUCACUAGUACAACGGGCGACGUGAAUAUCUUCAACUGA